CACUGGUCGCAUGCAUGCCACGGUCUCUUCGCUUCGCUGUGUACUAUAACAACUGUUUGUUGCUUUAAUGUCCGAUCUUACCUGGCAAUUUAUAAUCAAGUUCAUCAUUGUCGGCGACGCAGGCGUUGGCAAGAGCUCCAUACUCAUCCGCUUUACCGACUCUCGAUUUCUGGCCAAUCCAGAUCCGACACUCGGCGUUGAGUUUGGUUCUAAAUUGGUGCAUUUGGCGGAUGAGGACAAGACUAUAAAGGUGCAGAUAUGGGAUACUGCUGGUGCUGAGCAGUUUAGGAGCAUCACACGGUCAUAUUAUCGAGGCGCAGCUGGAGCAUUGCUGGUGUAUGAUGCAACGUCGCGCACAAGUUUUAACAACGCCAAGUCGUGGCUUCAAGAUGUUCGAGAGCAUGCCGAUCCUAACUUGACAUGCAUUCUGGUCGCCAACAAGCUUGAUCUGCUUCAGGAAGGAGAGGAAGGAGACCGACGGCGAGCCGUGACAAAGGAAGAAGCAGCUGCGUGGGCCAACGAGGAGGGUUUACUUUUUCUAGAGGGGAGUGCGAAGACCGGCGAGAACAUUGAAGAGGCAUUCGAGAGUGCAGUGAGGGAUAUCCUGGAUAAGAUUAAGCGGGGUGUAUUCGACCAUCAUAAACCGUCUGGGAUAAAACCUGCCCGGUCAGCGCCUGGAUCAACUGGACUUUCGUUGGAGACGGAGGAGAAACCCCCUGGUUAUUGCUGUACAUGA